CUUACUCUCUUCACUGUUUUUCAGUGGAAGACUUAUUCUUUUGGCCCUUUCUCUUAUUUCUAGUGGAAGACUUGCUCUCUUGACUUUGAGCAAUCCUUCAACUAUCUUUUAAAUAUCAUUGACUAGAAACAGCAAGUCUUUAACGUGUUUGAAACCUACUUAACAAGAACAUUCAAAAGGAAUAUAUGAGAGCACUUCCAAGUUCCAAUCAAAAUGCAUAACCACCUUCUGCAUCGACGAAAACGACGACACUAACGAGGUUUCUCACAAAAUCUAGCCAAACUAUCUUUAACCAUGAAGCCAUCAGUUGGCUCAACACAGAUAAUCAUAACAAUGGCAACAAUCUUACUUUCCUUUCUCCACAAUCUCCCUUUCAUAACUCCCCAGCAAGACUACAUCCGCAAUCGUCAGCUUGACUGCUUUUCUGAAGCACCUUCGAUAACCAAAGGCUACAGCUGCAAUGGAAUCAGAACCGGCCAAUGCCAGUAUUUCACAACUUUCCAAUCCUUCCCACCUGACUAUGAAACCCCAAUCUCGAUCGCCCUCCUCCUGGGCUCAGAACCUUCCACCAUAGCUUCCAUAAACAACAUCUCAUCCACCUCGACGAAAAUCCCACCCGGGACAUGGAUCAUAGUACCCGUCUCUUGUUCUUGUUUCGGAAGCAUUUAUCAACACAACUCUCCUUACACUGUCAGGGCUCUGGAUGAGACUUACUUCACUAUUGCCAACAACACCUUCCAGGGCCUGACGACUUGUCAAGCCUUGGCAGGGCAGAACUACUACUACAGCAUCGAGCAGCUUCGCAUUGGUUUCGAGCUGAAUGUUCCAUUGAAGUGUGCCUGUCCAAGUGAGAAACAGGCUGCCACCGGUGUGGUGUCCUUGUUGGGGUACAUGGUGACGUGGGGAGAUACCAUUCCAUUGAUCGCUGACCGGUUUGGCGUUGAUAGUGCCAGGAUCAUGGAGGCUAAUAGAUUCGAGAAUGAUAGUGUUAUCUUCCCGUUUACUCAACUUUUGGUCCCUCUCGAUAGCCAGAGUUGUGAAGCAAAUCCUGACGGUUUCUUCUGCAGCUGUAGUGUAAAUCCUGGAAUCUGCAUUCCCGACAAGAAAAAGUUCCCUCUCAAGUUGGUUAUACUGCUAGGACCUGGGAUUGGAAUUGGACUAUUGGCCACAUUCCUGAUCUUCUACAAACUGAUUCAGUACCUCAAAAAGAAAAGAAACAGAAUCCACAAACAAAAACUGUUCAAGCAAAAUGGUGGCCUCUUGCUACAGCAGAAGCUCAAUUCAUACCCAGGAAGCCAUGAGAACUCAAAGCUAUUCACCGAAGAGGAGCUGAAAAGAGCUACUGACAACUACAACCAGAGCCGCUUCCUCGGCCAAGGAGGGUUCGGGACAGUCUACAAAGGAAUGCUUCCAGAUGGAACCAUAGUCGCUGUCAAGAAGUCUAGAACCAUUGACAAGACACAGAUUCAACAAUUCAUAAACGAGGUUGUCAUUCUGUCCCAGAUCAAUCACAGACAUAUUGUUAAGCUCUUAGGCUGUUGCCUUGAAACUCAGUUCCCAUUGCUUGUCUACGAGUUCAUCCCCAAUGGUAGUCUCUCAAGUUACAUCCAUAGCCAAAAUAUGGGUGGAGAAGAAGUUUCGGCGUCUUUUCCAUGGGAAGAUCGAUUCAGAAUCGCAGGGGAAGUUGCUGGAGCUGUGGCUUACAUGCACUCCGCAGCUUCAUUUCCCAUCUUCCAUCGUGACAUCAAGUCAUCAAACAUACUGUUGGAUGCCAAGUUGAGUGCCAAAGUAGCGGAUUUUGGUACUUCUAGAUCGGUUCCUGAAGACAAGACUCAUCUUACUACCGGGGUACAGGGCACGUUUGGGUACUUGGAUCCAGAGUACUUCCGCACGAGCCAGUUCACAGAGAAGAGCGAUGUGUACAGCUUUGCUGUCGUUCUUUUAGAGCUUAUGACAGGCCAAAAGCCCAUUUUAUUCACUACAGGUGAAGAAGAGAGGAGCCUUAUCGCACAUUUCAUUUCAUCAAUGAAGGAAAACCAGGAUGGCCUGGCGGAGAUAUUGGACCCUGUGGUCAGUACAGAAGCCAGGAAAGAGGAUGUGGAAGCCAUUGCAGAGCUAGCUGUGAGGUGUUUGAGAUUGAACGGGAAGAAAAGGCCUACAAUGAGAGAGGUGGCUAUGGAGCUUGAUGGGCUGAGGAACUCACAAAGGAGAUCACAACUUGAUCAAGAAGAGUCCUUUGUGGAUAGAACAUACAGUAAUCAGCUUGAUGCUGAAAGAGAAGAGUCCAUUGAGGACAGCUUUGCUAUCUCUGUAGAGCUUGAAUCCGUCUGAAACUUAUUAGUUCUUGUUUUGUUUGGAUAGUUUUUUUGUUCUUCCUUUUUUAGGCUUUUGAUCAGUGGUUUAAUUCAGUUCGAGUUGGAUGAGAUGAACACUAUACGUCAUCAUAAGUGUAUAGUGUUGCUUUCAUCAAAUUAUACUCCAGCUUUCUCAACAAGACAUAAGUCUUUAGGCCAUGCAAUAGGGCAAUGCAUUCCGAAAGGGUUCAUCCAGUUUUAUAAAUGUGCUUACUUAAC